CUGUUAGAAAUCAUAACUAUAUAAAUCUUAACACGUAUACUUACUAUUAUUAAUGAAAUGAGAAUAGAAAUAAAAUAGUUAAACAUAUAUGGAACAUAUGAAACGUUUCCGGUUAGAGACAGUUUCUAUUUUCCGUUUUAACUGCAGAGUGAACCCUCAUGCUUUACGGAGAGGAUCUUCGUCGUCUGUCAGCGUUGCCUCGUUGUCUGCUUACGAAAGCUGCGCCUCGGGCAGCCUCUCCCUCCAUCCUCAGCUGAGGAAGCCUCUGUCGCUGACAUAAACUCGAACCGGGACCCGGACUGAACCCAGUGAACCUUCGAAUACCGAAACAAUCCAACGGGACAGAUCCAUUUGUCGCGUUCGUGUAGAACCGAACGGGAGCGAUGCUGACGCGUAAGGACACCGCGUUGAUUUAGAAGCCAAGACUCACAGCGAUACCGGAACCACUGAGCACGAACCAACCUCAAUGAAACCGGAUCGAUGUGGAAGCCGGUGACAGCAGCGAGGAAGUGAAAGCGUCGCCCGGCGCAGCUCCAGCCACAUCCGCCCUGACAUGUCACCGAUGGAAACCUGCUGAGGCUGGUUCUGGUUCGCCUCAAGGUCCAGCUGUGAGGAAGCUCGCAGUUCUCGACGUACAUGUGAUGCUGGACGGUGUGAGGAUGAAGGAGGCGUGCAGGAUCUGUGCCCGUGAGCUCUGUGGCAACCAGCGCAGGUGGAUCUUCCACGCAGGCGCGAAGCUCAACCUGCAGGUUCUGCUGGCCCACGCCCUGGGCCGCGAGCUGAGCCGGGACGGCCGCGGGGAGUUCGCCUGCUCCAAGUGCGCCUUCAUGCUGGAGCGCAUGUACCGCUUCGACACGGUGAUCGCCCGCGUGGAGGCGCUGUCCCUGGAGCGCCUCCACAAGCUGCUGCUGGAGAAAGAGCGGCUCCGGCAGUGCAUCGGAGGGCUGUACCGGAAGAACAACGCCGAGGACGGGAACGUGGCUCCGCCCAGACCUGCGGCUGCGGCUGCGGCCGCUGCUCCUGAAGGCGGGUCUCCUGUGCUGGAUUUGUCAGAGCUGCAGGACAUGAAAUAUUCUGAGAUGGUCCAGGAGGAUCUGACCUACUCUGUGUACGAGUCCUGGGCUGAUAAGGAGGAGCGCGCUCCGGACCCGGACCCGGACCCCGAGCACGAGCACGGCCACCACUGCGCCAGAGGAGAGUCCCUGUCGGGCCAGAAGCCGCGGCGGUGCCGGGGCUGCGCUGCGCUGCGUGUGGCCGAUUCGGACUACGAGGCUGUGUGCAGGGUGCCUCGUAGGGUCGGACGCAGGAGCACAUCUUGCGGCCCGUCCACCCGCUACUCAGUGACCACCGAAGACCCCUCCAGAACCUCCGGAGCCUUUGAGCCUCCCUCAGAGGGCCCGGACAGGGAGCAGCCCAGGACCAGUCCAAGCCCAGCGUCGUCUGUGGAAUCUCUGGACACCGCCGUGGACGUGAGUGCAAACCUCCGAGAAAGAGAAGAAGCCCAAGCAGAGAAAACUGCAGAGGAGCCUCUGAGCAGAAGGGACCCCCCGUGGGGGGUCUCUGGGUUCCAUGUGAUGCUGAGCCUCCUGAGGGACUGGGACUACCAACCCGUGAAGCCUCAAAAGGGCAGCAAGCUCCCUGUCCUGCUCAAAGCCAGGCUGGAGCAAAGCCCCCUGCUGCCCCUGCGGUCGCCCUGCGGGGGGGCCGCAGACUGCGACCUGUGCCCCAUCCGAUGCCUUCCCGAGGUGGUGACGCCGUGUCAGCAGCAGCUGCAGGCGGAGCUGGCACAGAUGGAGGAGCAGUGGUUGGAUGACUACGUUCCGUGCCGACCGUUCCGCUUUCAGCAGCGGCUGAUUGACGAGCAGCGGGAGCAGAGCCAGUACGAGAGCGCUGCGGGUCAGUGUGUCGGUGAGCUGCACCGGGCCCAGGACCAGGUCCGCUCGCUGCAGGCCAAGAUCAAGGAGAGCGAGGCCAGAAACCAGAAGCUGCAGGAGCGUCUCUGUGACAUGGAGCUGGAGCUGAGGUCCGCUCGAGAGGAAGCUCAGCGACAGGAGCGUAACAUCCUCCUCCUCUCUGACACCGUGGGCUCCAAGGAGGCAGAGGCUGCAGAGCUGUACAGGCGGAUCGAGGAGCAAAAUAAGAUGCUGUGUUCUCUGAAGGAGCUCACCAACCGCAGCCAGGCCUCUGGAGCAGACGCUGUCCAGGCACAGGGAGACGCUGUGGCUCUGCAGGCUUCCCUGUUCCAGGCCCAGCUGGAGCUGCAGGCCGGGCAGCAGGCGCAGCGUCGGGCCGCCAGGAGGCAGGACGACCUGAGCCGGGCCCUGCAGAGGCUGGACCAGGACCUGCAGGGGGCGCUGCAGCACAGGAGGCAGACGGAAGCACACAACCAGGAGCUGCUCCUGGCUCUGGAGAAGGCCCGAGCGGCUCUGCAGGAGAGAGAGGAGCAGCUGAGGGCGGGCGAGCACCGCAAACAGAGGGAGACGGAGGAGAGAGAGAAAACCAUCCGAGAGCUUCAAACGCGUCUGGAGACCAAAGCGCAGCAGCUGGAGCACUGCUUUGAGCUGCUGGACCACCCGAAGGAGGCCAAGGACCCCCUGGUGCAGAAACUCCGCCAGCGCAUCGCAGAGCGAGAUCGAGCUCUGGAGCAAGCAGUGGACGAGAAGUUCCGCUGCGUGGAGGAGAAAGAGGAGGAGACUCGACGGCUGCAGCUACUGCUUAGAGAGAAGGAGAGAGACCUAGAACGCCAGCGCUGCGUCCUGGCCAACAACGAGGAGACGAUCACGAGCCUUGACACGCUGCUGCGUGGUAAAACCCUGGAGCUGGAGCAGGUGAGCGACGGCUGGAGGAGCGUCCAGCGGCAGCAGCAGGACAGCGAGCAGAGGCACAGAUGCAUCCUGGGAGAGAGAGACGCCAUUAUCGGCCAGCUGCAGGCGGCGCUGCAGUGCCGCACGCAGGAGGCUCAGGAUCUGCGCAGCUCCCUGCUGGGUCAGAACCGGUCAGCGCCAUCCAAAAGCCUGGAGGAGCUGAAGGUCCGCCUCCAACUCAAAGACCGGCUCUUCCAAGAAGUGCUGGCAGACAGGACUCGACAAGCCCAGAUACAUCAGGAGCAGGUCCAGGAUCUGCUGGGAACCAUCAGUGCCAGGGACCAGUACAUCCAGGACUCUGCAGGUUGGCUUAGUGAGGUGGUGACAGAGCAGGCAUCCAGGCUCCAGGAGCUCCGCCGACAGCUGAGCUCAGGGUUGGGAUGGAGGACGGAUUCUGGACAGGAAAUAGCUGCAGAGCUGGAGUCAGUGCAGGAGGAGUUGCGACUCGCUCUGAGGAGGGAGAAGGAGAAGCAGGAGCUGUGCCUGAGCCAGACGGCCCAGCUGGACUCGCUUAGCAGAACUCUGCAAGUAAAGGAGGAGAUCAUCAGGGACUUCCAGAGGCAGAUGGUGGAUCCGUCCGACCUCCCUCUGCUUGAGCGACUGACUCAGGAGAUCGAGGACCUGAGGGAGAGCCUGGUCCAGCGUGGCGGUCCUCCAGCCAGAGGCCCGGUCCUGGGUCUGGACCGGCCCCAUAGCAGGCAGCCUGAGUUUGGAGAACUGAGCUCAGAGGAUGAAGGUGAAGCUGAUGAUGAUGAUGAUCUGCACAGUGAGGAGAGCGUUGAGGAGGAGGUUCUGCACGCUGCGCUCUUUGAAGGCCAGGGCCUGAUGGAGGUUAAGCAGCUGGUGGAGCAGAAGAGGGUGGUGGAGAGAAAGCUGGCAGAGCUGAAGGCUCAGCUGGAGAAGGCUGGAUUCUCCUCACUGUCCCAGAUGAGGAAAGCUCUGUUCAGCCUGGAGGCUGAGAACCAAGACUUAAAGUGUCGGCUGAAUGAAGCAACGCAACCUCACGACGAGCAAAAGGAGCAGGAGGAUGAGGAGGCGGAUGAGGAGGAGCUGGAUGUGACCAUAGAGGGGGAGGAGGAGGAGGAGGAGGAGAGCUCUGAGCUGUGGGACGCGUGGGACGAGGAGCUGUCGCUGCCGCUGCAGCUGCUCAGCGCUCAGGUAGAGGUCACAGGCUCUGCCCUCAGGAGGCCUCUGUGCUCCCGUUCUCACCUCACCUGUGUCCUGUCCUGCCUCCAGCAGCAGGACGCCGCCGCCGCCGCCGCGCGUGAGAAGACGGUUCGUCUGCAGCUGGAGAGCGAGGAGCUGAAGGAGAGACUGAUGGUGUCGGAGGCCACGGUGCAGGCUCAGGCCGCGCAGCUCAAAGACUACAGGGAGCUGCUCACAGAGACAGCGGUUCAACGGGACAGUAAGCUGGUCCAGGUGGACCUGCAGGACCUGGGCUACGAGACCUGCGGCCGCAGUGAGACCGAAGCCGAGAGGGAGGAGGCCAGCAGCCCAGAGUUUGACGACCUGGAGAUGUGCACGUCCCUGGACUGUGGGACCCAGUGGUGGCCAUCCAGCAGCCCCAGGCAGAGCUCCUGCCGCGGGGACCAGCCGCCGUCCCUCCAGCGCCUGGUGGAGGACCUCCGCUCGCAGCUCUCCCGCUCCCAGGCCGUGAUCCGGGGCCUCCAGAGCCGCCUGCGCACCCUGUCCACCUCCAGCAAGGUCAACUGGGCCUCGCCCUCCCAGAGCGGGGCGGAGGAGGACGAGGGCUGGCAGUCCUCCGACGGAGGCCCCCACCCAGACAGGGGGCUCCAGGAGCUGGCGUCUCGAGUGGGCGCGCUGGAGGACCAGCUGCGGAAGGAAGGCGUGGGAUGGGAUGGGAGCUCCUCCACCAGGACGGGUAAAUUGGACGCUCUGAUCCAGGCUCAGGCCCGAGAGCUGUCCCACCUCCGGCAGCAGAUGAGGGAGGGCCGCGGCGCGUGCAGCAUCCUGACCCAGCACCUCGGAGACACCACCAAGGCCUUCGAGGAGCUGCUGAGGGCCAACGACAUCGACUACUACAUGGGCCAGAGCUUCAGGGAGCAGCUGGCCCAGGGCGGCGCUCUGGCUCAGCGGCUCCGAGCAAAGAUCAGCGGGCGAGAGCAGCCGGAGGAUCCGGAGGAGAGGACGGAGCUGCUCGCCAUCCGGCUCAGUAAGGAGCUGCAGCAGAAGGACAAAGUCAUCGAGUCUCUUCGUACCAAACUGAACCAUCACCAGCAUCAUCCCCAUCGAUCUGACACGCCCUGCAGCGGCCACGCCCUCUCAGAUGCCACCGACCAAUCAGAUCGCAUCUCCUACUUGUCUGAUGAGCACGGAUCCACUAACGAGGACCUGGAACUGUGCUCCGACGUGGACGCUGCCAGUGAACUGGGCCAGGAGGAACCGAGGCCUUCAGCCAGAGUCAGCACCGAUUGCUGCUCUCACAGUAGCUCCAUGUCACCACAUGCGUCUGUCCCUCCAUCCACCGCCUCAUCCCUCAGAACCCAGUCCUGCCUCAGCUGUCCCAGCAUGCAAUGCCCCAGCUCAGCACACAGCCCUGCAGAUGUUAGGACAGCUCCAGCUCCAGCUCCAGUCUUGUCUUCUGUCCCCUUCCCCCCUCCCUCCUCCCCCGUCCGCCCUCACCCUGCCGGCCCACGGGCCCUCCCCCGGGGCGCCGGGGGGCCGUGUUUCUCCCUGGCGGCGGUGCAGCAGGAGCUGCAGAUGCUGCAGAGACAGCUGGGACUCAGCGACAGUGCGUCUGACUGGUUCUCCACUCCUCAGCCCAGAGCUCUUCAGGGUUUCCCAUUUUCCCAGCAGCAGCCGGACUCCUGUGCCCUGCUGCCCCCGUCCUACCACGGAUACCGGCCUUCUCCCUUCAGCGGUGCUGCCAGCAGCAGCAGCCUGGGCGCUGACCUAGCCAUGAAAGCUGGCGCCAGCCUGCUGGAGAGCACUGCAUUGUGGGAUAUGACUUAUGGUGCCCGAGCAGUGAGACUGGGAGCGGACCUGUCAUCUGGGUCGUCUGGAUACCAGUCGGGCACCGGCCACACAGGUUCAGAGCUGAUGAAGGAGCAUCUGAGAGAGAUCAGGAGUCUGAGGCAGAGACUGGAGGACUCCAUCCAGACCAACGACCGGCUCCGGCAGCAGCUGGAGGAGAAGCUGGCCCGGAUCGCCGCUGACAAAGCAGGUGCUCCCACCAACAUCUACAUCCAGGGCCUGGACUCUGUGGGCCAGCUCUCCACUGAGAUCCGGCUCCUGAAGGAGGAGAACUGUGUUCUGCAGAAGCAGCUGGAGCUGGCGGCAGGAGACAGCACACAGGAGCUGGAGCAGCUGAGGGAGGCGGCGCUGCUGGAGCGGGCCCGGCUGCAGCAGGCGGAGCUGGAGGCAGAGCGCUGGGCAGAACGCGGCAGGAAGCUGCAGGCGGAGGCCGAGGCCCACGGCCGGGAGCUCAGCCAGCUGAACCAGGACCGGCGCCGGAAGCAGGACGCCAUCAACAGGCUGCAGCACCGGGCCAGCGUCCUCCAGCAGCAGCUGAGCCAGAGCCGGGCCGCGGUCCACGGGCUUCAGCGCCAGCUGCGCUCAGCUCAGCUCGGUGCCGGCGCCAGACCAGAACCCGGCUCCGCAGCCUUGGACCCGGAGGAGCUGCACACGCAGCUGGAGAAGCAGCUGGACGGGCCGACGGACACGCGGCCUCCAGGCCGGAGGCAGCGCUUCAGCGAUACGGUCCCGUCUCCACCCGUCCGGGACACCGGAACCGUCAGUCCUCUGCAUUGGGAAAAGACUGAUGGAGCACCGGUUCCACUGGGCCCAGAUCCCCACGGGUCCUUGUCCAGCCACAUGGUCGCUCACAUCCAGCACUUCAAGGCUCUGCAGCAGCAGGUCGUGGAGGGUGGCGCCCUGCUCCUCAAGAUGGAGGCAACGCUUCAUUCUCUGAGCGCCAGCCCUCGUCAGCCUUCAGACUCCAGUUCUGCCAGGAAGCUGCUGGCUGACGCUAAGACCCUGAGGCAGAUCCAGGAGGAGGCCGACUCCCUGCUGCAAAUGUUCUGGAGAGCAGCGAUGCCCGACUCUGAGGAAGCCAAACAGAACCAGGCUCUGAGGGACCAGGUCGUGUCUCUGCGUCGGAGGCUCUCGGAACAAGAACAGGCCCUGAAGGACGCGACGGAGCGGCUGAGGAGCUCCGACCGCUGCAGGGACAGCAUGGAGCACUUCAUCGCCAGCCAGCUGUCGAGGACGCGGGACGUGUUGAGGAAAGCCAAGAGCAACUUACAGGAGAACCAGCUCAGGAUCUCCUCCCUCCAUCAGGCCUCCUGCUCUCUCUCGUUUCCCUCCUCCUCCCCCUGUUAAAAUCCUGCUGUGCAGGUGAAAACACAGGAGGCGUCUGUGAGCUCAGCCUCUCUGCUGGUUGGGGUGUCAUGACGCUCCAAGGCUGCUCCUCCUCCUCCUCCUCCUCCUCCUCCUCCUCAGCUGUCCUGUGAUCGGCGCCCCCUGCAGGCAGCUUUUCUCUCACCAGCUCCACCUUCCUCUGCUUCAUCAGCUCCCAUUGGACAGAACAUGCUGGAAACCCUGGCUCUCCUUUCAAAUGACUGACUUAUUAAAGUUAGUGAAUGCUUGUGUUGUUAGGUUUUUGCUGGUUGAGAGUUUAUGAUGUGAAUAAUUGCAAUUGUUUCCUUGUUUUUCCUAAGGCGUGUUUAUGUGAUGAGGGCUUUUAUUGAAGAUGUCGACUGAAGUAUUUUUAUAGAGAUCAAUAUGAGUUUGGCUUCUUGCCUUCUUAGUUUUUUACAGUAUUUAUGUAAUAUCUUUAUGAAACCUGCUUCAUGUUUUCAUGUUCAUGAAAACCAAAUUAUAUGUCAGGUCUCCAAACAAACGUCAGCCACGAGGUUUAGCAGGAGUUGAAGAAACAAAGAUGCCAGCAGGAAACGUGGCUUGAAAAAGCCACAACCAAAGUGCAAAGUGCUUCUGCUCAGCUUCUGUUGAAGCUCGUACUUCUAGUUAGUUGCAUGUGGUUUGAGCAGCUUGUGGAAACAAAGCCAUACAGUGUAGUCAGUAGAUACGUCGUCAUUGUACAGAAAAGGAAUAAAAAGUGCUUAGUGAUGUGAAAUGAAUGUUCUCACACUACAGAGUGUUGCUCUACUACUUUUAAAAGUUGGGGUAUAACCCAGUUUUCUUCUACAUGCAGUGAUGAAACGCCUUCUGAUGAUCUCAGUGUCAAUGAAUCAAGCACUUGUUCCAGGCUGUAGUCACGAAGCUCAGCAGGUGGUGAUGCCUUCAGGGAACCCUGCAGUUAGUUCAUCAUAGGAAGUUACCAUUUCAGUACGUGGUCCAGGAGACAUGACCGAUGAUAAACCGAUGUUUUUUAGAUGUUUUUACUUUUGUAAAUGUAUGUUUUUUAUGUUGAAAUCUCGCUUUCAAAAACCGUCACGAGAUGAACAUCUUAUUAAAAACAGCUGCAGGAACUGUAACCAGCUCUGUUCUGAUUUUAGUCCCGAUUUUGUCAAUUUGUCUGUACAGAAGCUUCCUCCUUUUUCUGCGUGAACUGUGGCUCCUAUACUUUUACUGAAAUAUGCAACUUCUGGGCUACUGUGCAAUACAAGCCUUCACAUGUGUGUUGUUGAUGUCAGGCCUGGCUUUUGUUAAAGUGCCACGUUGUCUUUAUUUCUAGAGGUGAACCGAUUCACACAAACAUACUCUAUUGUGACAAUCAGUUUGAAACAGUUAAAGGCCCACUUGAGUUUUUUACGUUGUAGAAAAACAGUAGCAUUAAAAAGCACUGAAACAAUGUAUUUAACAAGCAAUAAGACCAGCCAAAGUGAAUGUCAAAUCAUUUGGUAUAAAUAUCUUGUGCAUUUCUCCAUAGGUCAAAGGUCAAACUCUUAGUGUGGCUUUAGAAGCCACUGAUGUAUGUAAUAUUAAAGGGCGUGUGUACAUCAGUGCAAGGAGAGAUAACCAGGUCUUUUGGAUUUUUAAUGCAUGUCAUUUUUAUUGAAAUUCUUUUGGGGUAAAAAUAAAAGAACCUUUUGAAAUAAAGGGAUAAAAAAGG